UAAGUUUGUACCAAACGGUCUUCACUCUAGGUCGACUAUAUAUAUAUAUAAAUGUUAAGACUUCGAAAUUGCAAGACUGCGAUAGCAAACCCACAAUGAAAGAGAUGGAGGGAGAGGUAGUCGAACUGUACGAGCUUCACUACUCUGAUUUGAAGAAACUGUCAUCAGAGAUAGCUUUAUCAGCAGCAGAAUCUUGUGAAGAAAUUCAGCGGCUUGAAUCAAUCACCACAAGUGUUAUGGAAAACCUAGGACCAGAGGGACCUGGACUUCUGGCCAUCACCGGCGUUCCAGAAGCUUCCAAUCUUCGUCGAACUCUUCUUCCUUUGGCUCGAAAACUCUCUCUUCUCAAUAACGAAGAUCGCAGACGCCUUCUUAAGGAACACAGUCUGGGAAGUGAUGUUUCAUUGAAGAACCCCAAUAGAAAUGUCUCGUCUUUUUCCAUGCAAUUGAAAUAUGAGCAAUGCUUUGAAAUAAGUGAUGGUCGGGUUGAUGAUCUAGAUGUUGAAAAUCGGGAUGAUGAAGUUGUUAAUCAGGAUGAGUUUAAGAAACUAGGAUGCACCUUUAAGGAGCUAGGAUACUGCAUGAUGGACCUAGGGCUUCGUCUUGCACAAAUAUGUGAUAAGGGCAUUGGGGGCCAAGAGCUACAACAGAGCUUACUAGAGUCCGGCACAGCUAAAGGGCGUGUAAUCCAUUACCAUUCCGCUGUUGACAAUGAUAUUAUUAGAGAAGCUGCAAAAAGAAACGGAUAUGUUAAAUCAAGAAAUGGAAAAUUCAAUAAGAAUGAGCAAGCAAGUACGAAACAACAAGGGACUGACUUAUCGAAAGACCAGUCAAAUGACUAUGGUCUAUGGCAGCAGUGGCAUUAUGAUUAUGGUAUUUUCACUCUCUUAACAGUUCCCAUGUUUCUGUUGUCCUCUCACCAAGAAACGCCAGCUGCUGUAAAUACUGGUUCACCCGUUUCUUCUGAGCAUGAGUUCCCUUCGCCCUGUGGUCACACAUAUCUUCAAAUAUUUGAUCCCAAAAAGAAUCAGGUCUUCAUGGUAAAGGCACCUUUGGAGAGUCUCAUUCUGCAGGUUGGAGAAGCAGCUGAUAUAUUAUCUAAGGGGAAGCUACGAGCAACACUUCAUUGUGUUUGUAGACCACCAAAGAUUGAAAAGUUGAGCAGGGAGACAUUUGUUGUCUUCUUGCAGCCAGCGUGGAGCAAACAAUUCUCUCUUUUGGAUUACCCUCUUGAGAAUUUAAAUUUUAAUAGUCAGCAGUGGGGAAUACGUAUUGAGGGAAUUGAACAGCCUAGGCAGGCACCAGAGGAAAUAAGUCACGAAAUUCAAAAAAUUGUUCCGCCACUUUUGUCGAGGCUGAAAGAUGGGAUGACAUUUGCAGAAUUUUCCCGUGAAACAACGAAACAAUACUAUGGUGGUAAAGGUUUACAGCCCAACAGAUAGGCUUUCUGUGGGUAUCUUUAUAUGCCCAGAGGUGCCAUCUGGCUGGACAAUGUUAAACUGACAUUUACACCGUAGGGCAGUUUAAUGAUGUGUUCACAAAAUAGGAAAGUUUAAUGAUUUGAGACACAAAAAUGUCUUGGAAUCA